UUUUCGUCACUCAUCCCGGAAGCAACUGAAACUCGAGGGAAAUUUAGCCAUAGCAACUGGCUAGUGUCACAACCAGAAUAAGUUUACUUUUGUUUAUUAUAAGGGAUUUAUUUUGGUUUAGGGGGACGUUUGACAUGAGUUGAAGGUCUAAACAUAGUAUAUAGAUAUGUAUUUAGUGUGCAAGGUUUAUCACUCUGUUAUGUUUUGCACGUGAGCCAGCUAGCCUCAACAAGCAAAUGCUACGAAACUGAACCAGCUCACAGUAGCUUACCAACCAAUCCCCCCGAGGUCUUGAGCCUUGGACUUCUGGAAGCAAACAGGUUUCCUGAUUGCCAAAAUAUGUUUAUCUUGGCUUGAUACACUCAAUUCGUGUAAUCAUGGAAAAGACAACGCAUUCCUUCGGUAUCCGUGUCGAGCAUCAGUCUUCUAGAGUGUCAACACCAACAGAUGGUCGGGAUAGUCGACAAAGCAGUGAUCUGUUUAGCGACACCGGUGCCUCGGACUUGCAAAAUGAGACCGCGAUUAAAUGUGAUACGGAUUCCGAGGAUGAACCCAGACUUCCUCUCAACCAGUUUUAUCCUUACAUUCGCUGUGCUCUCUGCUGUGGGUUCCUUAUCGAUGCAACCACCAUAACUGAGUGCCUUCACACCUUUUGUAAAAGCUGCAUAGUCAAGCAUUUCUUUUACAGCAACAGGUGUCCAAAUUGCAGCAUUGUGGUGCACCAAACACAACCUCUUUACAAUAUAAGACCUGACCGACAGUUGCAGGACAUUGUUUACAAGAUGCUGCCAUUUCUUGAGGAAAUGGAGAGAGCACAGAUGGUGGAUUUCUACAAGCAGAGAGGACUCGAGGUGCCUAAACCAGUGUUGGCCUCCCCCAUGGUCCCCCUGAAAAGCCAGAAGCAAAGGAAGGAGCUGCUGCCCCAGUCUGUGUUCAGAAUGCCUCCUGAGUUGGACGUGUCCCUGUUGCUGGAGUUUGUAGGAGCCGAAGAAGGCAUUGACAACUACAAGCCGCUGGAGCGACGGUACGUGCGGGUGUCUGGGGAAGCCACCGUCCGCCACGUUGAACUGUUCAUCCGGAGGAAGAUGGAACUCAGCUCAACCUGCCAGGUGGAUGUGGUGUGUGGUGACCACCUCCUGGACCGCUACCAGUCACUUAAAGAGGUCCAGGAUUCCAUGGGAGAGAAUGCACUACAGGAUGGUCUUUUGGUGCUUCACUUUGGACUGGUCCUGCCUUCUUAGACACAAGAAGACCAAAGCAGAAAGGAUGUCAUACUGGCACUGGUGCUGAGGUUCAGACGUUGAAGCACUCUUUUCAAGUCCUCUCUUGCUUUCCAGUUCUCUGAUCUACUGUUCUGUUCUCCUCACGCCUGUUAAAGGUCAAAGAUAGCCGAUGCUCACCUUUCAGAAGCCAGGGAUAUUUAAUUGCUUGGUUGUAGUUUAAAUUUACUAUGGCUUCCAUUAACUUGUGAUUUAAAGGGCUUAACAAAGUACCUAUAAUACUACACUUGGGUGUUAAUAUAAUAUAAUAUAUCAAUAUAAGGGUUUCUAACAGAACCCUUUUCAGGUCUGUAUAUUUCUAUCUAGAAAGAACCCUUUCUCAGGUCAGAAAUUACCAGCAGAACCUUACUGAGAUUCUGUUUGUUUAUACAUAUGAUACUAUACUGCACCCUUCUUGUUUAGAGUGUAUUAAUACCAAAUACUUGUGGUUUUGCUACACUUUGGUUACGGGUUAAAGUGUCACUUCUGUUGUCAAUAAUGUCUUCACUGUGUUUUUUCUUUUUCUCAAUAAGUCAUUUAAGAGUUUGUAAAUUUAUUUUAUGUUUGUCUUGAAUAUAAUUUACAAGUUUUCCCAAAACAGAUAUUUUGACAAAUAUUUGAAGGAAAUUUAGAGAUCUUUUGAUAGUGUUGAGAUUUGAUGAAAUAGGGAUUCUUACAUGCCGUUUGUAACUAAUAAACUAUGCAAUUGUGGAUAA